AUGGAAGUAAAUGAGGAAAUUGACGUGUAUAGCUUUGGAGUUAUAACAUUAGAAGUGAUCAUGGGAAAGCAUCAAGGAGAUCUGAUAUCAUGUUUGUUACCAUCACCAUUACAAGCUGUUGAUGUUCUGCUUAAUGAUGUACUAGAUCAAUGUCUUUCACCUCCAAGGAGGGGAAUAGCAGACCAGCACAGUGACAAGAAUACAGAUAAGCCAACACCAGAUAAGAAGCUGUCAUAUACACAGCUUACACCAAACAAGCUGACAAUCCCGCCAUCAAUGACAAAUCUGCCACCAGGGAAGGAAAGAAGUGUACAAGCACUCCAAUCAUCAGAUAAGGAAAGAAGUACGAUUCCUAUGUCCAUUGGAAACUUGAGCAAGUUAACUGAGUUGGAACUUAGCAAAAACAAAAUAGUUGGGUUCAUCCCCAAUGAGAUUGGACAGCUUAAAUCACUUACUGUCCUUUAUUUGUAUGGUAACCAACUCACUGGCUCAAUUCCUGUGUCCAUUGGAAAAUUGGGGAAGUUAACUAAUUUGCAACUUGAUGGAAACAACAUAAUUGGGUCCAUUCCCAAUGAGAUCGGGCAGCUUAAAUUACUCACUAACCUUUAUUUGCAUGGUAACCAACUCAUUGGCUCAAUUCCUGAGUCCAUUGGAAACCUAAGCAAGUUAACUAAUUUGAAGCUUAGUAGAAACAAAAUAGUUGGGUCCAUUCCCAUUGAGAUUGGACAGCUUAAAUGA